AUGAGUGUUUUUCGUCUCCCUAUUGGUUUGCUCAAGGACAUUGAAGCCAUGAUUCGGAAGUUUUGGUGGGUUUGUUCGGAAAACUCUAGAAAAAUUCAUUGGGUUCGGUGGGAGACUCUUUGUUCCUCAAAAUCGGUUGGUGGUAUGGGUUUUAGGGACCUUCGAAUGUUCAAUGAUGCUAUGAUAGGAAAGCAAGUUUGGCAUUUGUUUCAUGAUAGGAAUUCUUUGGUCUUUAAGGUAUUUCGAGCUAAAUAUUUUCUGUCUGGUAAUAUCUUUGAUGCUAAAGAAUCUCCUAGAUGUUCCUUCGCUUGGAGGAGUAUUUUGCAAGCCCGAGAGGGGGUUUUGAGGGGUGCUCGUUGGCGGGUGGGCAAUGGGAAAGAUAUAUCUAUUUGGCAGCAUUGUUGGCUUCCGUCUGCUAGUAGUGGCUGUGUGAUUUCACCCCAGCGGGACCAGUCCCUUUAG